UCUUUCUUUUGGUUUUCUCAAUCGGAUCUGAAUCCGGACCCGAAAACGAUGUCCGACGACGCUCCGUCGGAUCCGCACUGGUGCUACCACUGCAACAAACGCGUCGUCGUCGAAACUCUACACGGCGAAUCCGUCGUCGUCUGCUCCGAAUGUAACAAAGGCUUCGUCGAAUCGAUCCAGCCGAUCCCACGUUCGCCGCCGCUCUCCCCAGAUCUGAGGGUAGAAGACUCCAGCAUCGGCUCGCAUUUCCUCCAGAUGCUCCGUCUCUUGACCCACGCGCCGUCUCCGCCGCGUCUCGACGUGUUGUCGUACGAGGACGAGUUCUUCGGGUUGGAGCUUAAUAGCCGAAACGAAAUCGACGAUGAGGAGGAGGAGGAUGAGGAGGAUGAAGAAGAAGAAGAAGAGGAGGAUCGAGGAGAGGAGCUGUUUCCUAUCACGACGCGAUCGAUAACCGGACGUAACCGGAUUCUCGAUUGGGCCGAGAUUCUAAUGGGAAUCGAAGACAAUUCAGGAAACGCGGCUGAUUACGUGGACGACGGAGCUGGUUACGAGGCGCUUCUCCAGAAUUUAGCGGAAGGAGACGGCGGCGGUGGUGGUGGUGGUGGUGGAAGGAGAGGAGCGCCGCCGGCUGCUAAAUCGGCGAUCGAGGCGUUAGAGACUUUCGAGGUUUGUGGUUCUGAUGAUAAGAUGGUUUGUGCUGUGUGUAAAGAUGGGAUGGUGGUUGGUGAAACCGUUAAGAAGUUACCGUGUGGACAUUGUUACCACGGUAAUUGUAUUUUACCGUGGCUAGGGACGAGGAACUCUUGUCCUGUUUGUAGGUUCCAGCUGAUGACUGAUGAUGCUGAGUAUGAGGAAGAGAGGAAGAAAAGAAGUACUAUCAACAACACCAACACCGCCUUGACUGAUUCAUCUGCUGCUUCUUCUUCGACUUAAAGGUCUCUCUCUAUAUAUGUAUAUGUGUGUACCACCCUUUGUUGCUUACUCUUUAGAUCUAAAAACACUUUGAUUGGUUUCAGCAUUGUUUUUUUCUUGCAAAAUAUCAACAAAGAACACAAGAAUCCUGCUGGAAAAGACAGUUUAUAGAUUGUGUAUUUGUGUUGUAGCUUCUCGAUUCUUGAUAGGUCGGAUGUGUCUGGUGAUGAAGCCAAUGGAUAUAGAACUUGUGCAACUUCAUAUC